CGAAGUCGAUCGAAUCAACCAUCAGCUUCGACGCAGCCUGGAAGAGACAUUGAGCCAGGGCGUUUUACCGGCUGAUCUGAAUCUGGCCAUUGGACGAUCAUCGUUUGCGCCUUUGAACUCUACUUGUCUUCCUGACCUUUCGGCCCAUUCCUUCCGCCGAUAGGACACUUUGAAAAGACAUUCUCGGGUUUUUGCUAUAGAGCCGUAUGACCGCAGGGCCUACAGAUUCAUCACCAUCAGAUCAACCUGUGCUAGCUCCCACUGCCGCUUCGACCGCCUCAAGUCGUUCGAAGGACCGUGCAAGAGACACCUUCUUCGGAGCUCCAUCACCUGCGAGACGACAGACGAAUCUCGACCACGUAUCGCAUUCUGAGGAGCAAGACCCAGACGAACGCGAGCGUUCAAAGGUCGCAAGGGAGGACAAGGAGGUCCGCGACGCAAAGAUGCAGACAGACGAGCUGCACACAAGGGAUGAAAGCAUACGUGCCCAGUUCCAAUUGAAGGAGAAGAUAUCCGCAUUCCAAUACUAUGACUUGGAAUCCGCUGCCAAACAACAGGAGCUGACGCUGCAGAGAUGUGCGCGACUUAUGAGUAUUGCUGGGGAUGCGCCGUAUGCUCAGAUUAGCCUUAUAUCGAAAGAAGUUACAGGCUUCUACGUCGCCGGGGACAAAGGCUUGGACAAAUUCUACGCGGGAACCAAGCAUAUACCCUUUGAGGAUCUGCCAUGUUCUACGGUGUUGAUGCCUGCAGUUAAAGGCGAGGUUGACCCGCAUGAAGGGCGAAUAGUUCAAGUCAACGACUUGCAUAACAAUGAUACGUUCAAGGACAUGCCGCUCAUCAAGUCUGACAAGACUCAGGUCAGGUCAUACGCGGGUUGCUGUAUGUUUGCCAGCGUUGAAGGCCGUCCAGACCAGAUCCCUAUCGGAGUUGUCUGUGUGAUGGAUACGGUCCCUGACCGUGCUUGGACCGAGGAACAGUUGCGGAGUUUGCACGAUCUUUCGCUCAUCAUUGUGCAGGAGCUGGAUCUUCGCGCACACCGUGCUAUUGAGAAGCAGAUGGAGGGAGAUAAGGUUAACGAGACGCGAUAUUGGAGUCGCGUAAACAAAGCUCUUUGGACCUUUGCCAGGCAAGCCGGCCAUUUGACUAAUGAAGACUUGGAGGAGGAAUUUCAGGAUGAGCACCGGGGUAACGCACCAACAAGCAGCACUCAGUCUGCAUCUCUUGGUAACAAGAGUAAGGGAAGCAGCACCAAGGAGUCGGAGAAGAGCAACAUUUCCUACGGCGAUGUCAAGAUCUAUGACCUUGCGUGCAGGGUUAUGCGUAACGCUCUUGAGAUUGAUGGUGUUUCCAUAAUCGAUGUUCGAGGUUUGGAGCUUUCGCCUGACCGCAAGGGAGCCGAGGAUGCUGCCGAUGGCAAUACUGCACACCAAUGGAAGCUGUUUGGCAGUGCAAGGCAUCGCGAGCAGGCGAGGUUGGGAGCGCAGGAAAACAUCAACAGGCAGAUGAGCACAAGGUGGCAAAAUGUCAGCCAGUCCGACAAGAGUGUUGCGAAUGUGGAGCAGCAACAUGUUGAGGAGCUGAAAGAAGCUAGGAUGUCUCCCUUCUUCGCCGUUGGAGCCUCUGGGCAGCAGCAACGCGUGCCGACGACAGAACGGCAGAGACGUGCUGAUGAGGAAAAGAAGGAGAACGACGAGUUUGACGCUCAGGCGGCGCGGGUUGAGAUCUAUGCUUCAGUUGCCCCGAAUAUUUCCGGUCACUACAAAACAAAGUUCAACGAAGGAAGUCUCACUUCGUCCUUCUUGCGCGGCGUUUUCGAGGAUGGUGCAUACGGCAAGUUUUAUCAGCGCGACGAUGGUUUCCCGCCGGAGGUUCUCGAAUUUGUACCAUCCACCACGUAUAGCGUGCUAUUGAAGCCUCUCUACGACCACGACCGCAAGCCAUUCUGUUUGGUUGUCGGUUACACCGUUGCGAACUCUAGGCGUCUCACAGUGAACGACGCCUAUAGUUUUGAUAUUUUUGGCCUUGUGGUUCUGAACGAAUUCUUGCGACGUUCCGCGGUUGAAGCUGACCAAGCUAAGGGCUUGUUCAUUUCGAACAUCUCGCACGAAUUGAGAAGUCCCCUGCACGGCAUCUUGGCUAGUGCCGAGUUGCUGUCCGAAGCUCCCGAUCUUUCGAGUGCUGAUCGAACGUUCUUGCGGACGAUUACUUCCUGCGGCCAAACUUUGCAGGACGUCAUCAACCAUGUGCUUGACUUUGGAACUCUUACUACAACCGCUGGUCGCGAGACCCUUAACCAUGCUCCUGAACAAAAUAUGGCUGCUAUUGAUCUUGUGCGCUUGAUCGAGGAAGUUGUCGAGUCAUGUUGGACUGGCUGGGAGUUCAAGAAGCUCUCUCACUUGUUCGAUAGCGGUGGUAUGGAAAGCUCGGUUGGUGAAAAGAUGCAGAAGAGCGGCGAUGAGAAACUGAACGAAGUCAAUGCUAUGAGUUUUAUCCUUGAUGUCGCACCCAGGGAGGGCGGUUAUCAUGGCUUGUUGCAUGGAGGAGCAUGGCGCCGUGUUGCUAUGAACUUGAUUGGAAAUGCGUUGAAGUACACCAGUCAAGGUUUGCUAACUGUCAGUUUGCGCGAGGCCUCAGGUGACGACGUCGAACGAAUUUUGGGCGGCCGCAGACGCAUGGAAAGGGGUCGCAAUUUUGUGCCCAUUUAUCUGAGUGUCAAGGACACUGGACGCGGAAUGUCGACCGAGUUCUUGCAGAACAAGCUUUUCAAGCCGUUCAGUCAAGAAGACCCAUUGUCUACUGGAACGGGUUUGGGUAUGGCAAUCUCGAUUAAGCUCAUCCAGUCACUGUUCGGUGAGCUUCACGUCACUUCCGAGCCUGGCGUUGGUACGAAUAUGGAAAUGGUCUUUGAGCUCGAAAUGACAACGGAAGGGGGUGAUAGUCUUAUUAACGUACCCCUUCCCGCUCAGAUUAGCGGUCACAAACCACGCGUGGCUCUUGUCGGCUUUGACGAGACCCAUUCAUCUCAGGGACAGGUUUUCGAAUCUCUUGCUAGCUGCAUCAGAGAACACCUCGGUAUGGAGGUCACAACAGACAGCAGAAGUGCGGAUGUUAUCCUCAUGCAUGAGUCGUCCAACACCUUCAGCAAGCUGAAGGAGUUCAAGUUGUCCCUUGAUGUGCCUUGCAUCCUCUAUUGCUCGAGUUCGACUAGGUUGAAGAUCAUUCGUCACCCCAGCUUGAAAUCUGGACGUAACUUGCACUUUUUGGCGAAGCCUAGUGGACCGCUCAGACUCGCUCAAGCUCUUGCCUGGGCGUUGAACGGUAAUGCACCCAUUGCCUCCAACGCCAGCAGCGCGUCGGAUUCCGAUGCAGGAAGUGACAGCGAUGGCUGUAUGUCGGAUCUCAUUGACGGGAUUCGCGAUGAGGGUAAAGAGGCUGUUGAGGCCAAGCACGCAAAGAAGUGCGGUGCGCACAAGGACUCUUCCAAGAGAACCGCGAAGCACGAACCUGCGGAAUCAACUUCGGCGCAGGACUCUGACGUGAGUGCGCCUUCGUCACUUGCAUCAAAUGCUCGAACGCCUUUCGUGAUGAUUGUAGAGGACAACCGCAUCAAUAUGAUGAUUCUCGGAAACUUGCUGCGCAAGCUUGGAGUCGCUUACGUAGAAGCGGAGAACGGUGCUGUUGCCGUCCAGCGAUUGCAAGAACACCCUACUGGUUUCGACUUGGUGCUCAUGGAUAUUCAGAUGCCCGUCUUAAACGGUUGUGCUGCCACUGCCGCCAUCCGGACAAUUGAGGCGACGCGUGCUAUUCCUCCGGCCAAGAGAGCCCAUAUCGUGGCCAUGACCGGAUUGAGUGCACCGAAUGAGAAGGUCAAUGCUUUUGAGGCAGGUGUAGAUGCAUUCCACACGAAGCCGGUAUCUAUAAAAACGCUUAAGACUAUCAUUGAGGAAUGGCAGGCGCAAGAGAACAUGCGAGACGCUCUUGCGGUUGAAUCAAGCGAAUGAAACGUUAACAGGGUUUGGGGGGGG